ACAGGGAGCUAAGAUGGAGGCAUCCAGUUACGGUAUAAAGGUUUGUAUUUUUAUAUUUGAUUUUUCACACUUCACAAAAAAUAUCUGUUAAAUACCAAGAUAAGUAAACGUGGCCCUAAAAUCCCUGGGAAGUGAAAAAUCCCCUUUAAAUUACUGUGGCUAGCUGUGCUCCCAUCGUGGCCCGGGCAAUGGAAGCUCAUUUUGUGGCUAAAUAGAUAUAGUAUCAAUUAAAGAUUUUUGCUAAAUACAUAUCGAUCCUCUAACUUUUUCAUUCAAUCAGUUGCUGUUUCUGUGGGGCAUUACAGCACACAAAGGAAGGAUAGACAGCAUGUUAGGCAGUGAUCCCGUAACUCAGACACUUUUCACAGGAGCUCCCCAAUUAACAAACAUAAAUCACAACAUGUCUAAAACAUUUCAGGAAACAGGUGGAAUUCUUGGCACCGCUUUCCAUAUUGCUACAGUUUUCUCCUCCUUGCAGACCAUGCACCGCCAACUCUUUCCCAGCAUGCACUGCCCUCUAACACCUUCCCACUAUGCCCCGCCUUCUAGUCCCCAGCAUGCACUGUCCUUUAACACCUUCCCAGUAUGGCCAGCUGUCUCCUUCCCGGUAUGGCCAGCUGACUCCCUCCCGGAAUGCCCCGCCGACUCCCUCCCAGUAUAGCCAGCCAAUCCCUCCCAGUAUGGCCAGCCAACUCCCUCCCAGUAUGCCCCGCCAACUCCCGCCCAGUAUGGUUCAACUAAUCCCUCUAAGUAUAGACUGCCAACUCCCUCCCAGUAUGGCCAGCCAACUCCCUCCCAGUAUGCCCCGCCAACUCCCUCCCAGUAUGCCACCGCCAACUACCUCCCAGUAUGGCCAGCCAACUCCCUCCCAGUAUGGUUCAACAAAUCCCUCUAAGUAUAGACUGCCAACUCCCUCCCAGUAUGGCCAGCCGACUCCCUCCCAGUAUGCCACCGCCAACUACCUCCCAGUAUGGCCAGCCGACUCCCUCCCAGUAUGGUUCACCAACUCCCUCCCAGUAUGGCCGGCCAACUCCCUCCCAGUAUGCCACCGCCAACUACCUCCCAGUAUGGCCAGCCAACUCCCUCCCAGUAUGGUUCAACAAAUCCCUCUAAGUAUAGACUGCCAACUCCCUCCCAGUAUGGCCAGCCGACUCCCUCCCAGUAUGCCACCGCCAACUACCUCCCAGUAUGGCCAGCCGACUCCCUCCCAGUAUGGUUCACCAACUCCCUCCCAGUAUGGCCAGCCAACUCCCUCCCAGUAUGGUUCAACAAAUCCCUCUAAGUAUAGACUGCCAACUCUCUCCCAGUAUGCCCCGCCGUCUCCCUCCCAGAAUGCCCCACCGACUGCCUCCCAGUAUGGCCAGCCAACUCCCUCCCAGUAUGCCCCACCAACUCCCUACCAGUAUUUCCCGCUGACUCCCUCCCAGUAUGCCCCGCUGACUCCCUUCCAGAAAUGGACGCCGACUCCCUUGCAGUAUGGUUCACCAACUCCCUCUCAGUAUGCCCCGCCAACUCCCUCCCAGUAUGCCCCGCCGACUCCCUAUCAGUAUGGCACGCCAACUCCCUCCCAGUAUGCCCCGCCGACUCCCUCCCAGUAUGCCCCGCCAACUCCCUCCCAGUAUGCCCCGCCAACUCCCUAUCAGUAUGGCACGCCAACUCCCUCCCAGUAUGCCCCACCCACACCCUCCGAGUAUAGCCUGCCAACACCCUCCCAGUAUGGCCCCCCAACUCUCUACCAGAAUGUAUAACACCUUCCCAGCAUGCACUCCCUUUAACACCUUACUUGUAUGCCUCACCAACUCCUUCACAGCAUGCUCUGCCUUAUAAACCCUUAACCAGUUUGCCCUGCAACCUUGUCCCCAACAUGCCCCACCGUGUAACACCUGUAUGCCCAGCCAUCUCCUUCCCAGCAUGCUCUGCCAACUCAUUCACAGCAGGCCCUGCCAUAUUACACCUUCCUAGCAUGUACCUCCCUAUAGCACCAUUUCAGCAUUUUCAUUCUUUCCCAGCGUGCAUCUCCCUAUAGCACCAUCUCAGCGUUUUCAAUCCUUCCCAGCAUGCAUCUCCCUAUAACACCGUCUCUGCGUUUUCAAUUUCUCCCAGCAUGCACCUCCCUAUAACACCGUCUCUGCGUUUUCAAUCUCUCCCAGCAUGCACCUCCCUACAACACUGUCUCUGCGUUUUCAAUUUCUCCCAGCAUGCACCUCCCUAUAACACCGUCUCUGCGUUUUCAAUCCUUCCCAGCAUGCACCACCCUAAAGCACCGUCUCUGCAUUUUCAAUCUUUCCCAGCAUGCACUGCCUUAUUAGUCACAGUUUUCUUGUGCUUAGUAGUUUUGAACAUGUUUAUUAACGUGCGAGUAAGAGACAAAUUGGUUUUCCGUUAUUCUCAUCGUAGUACUAAAUAUAUAUAAUAUUGUUUCGUUUGAUUUCUCAAGGACACAAUCCAUUUUCACUAAAGAAAAAACAUUUCCAGUUUUCAUUCACUAAAGUGGGAAUUUAUUCAGUAAAGUGGGAAUUCAUUCGGCUAAAGUGGGAAUUCAUUCUCUACAGUGGGAAUUCAUUCGGCUAAAGUGGGAAUUUAUUCAGUAAAGUGGGAAUUCAUUCACUACAGUGGGAAUUCAUUCGGCUAAAGUGGGAAUUCAUUCGCUACAGUGGGAAUUCAUUCGGCUAAAUGGGAAUUGUACAGUUAAAGCCCAAAUAGCUGAUCUGAAAAAAAUUCUACACGUGAUCUGUGCGUCCAGUUCGUUAUUUGGGUGUUAACUUUGAAAUUCACUUUGGAUUCCAACACUUCUAACUUUAGUAAAUAGCCCCAUUCAUUUUCAGAUGGACGUCAUAUUUAUUCCAUUCAUGUGCUUUCCCCCACAGAGAAAUUACUCAAUUUAAAAUGUGAUUUUAUAAAACACUGCACUAUGGAUCACGGGGUGCUACACUAAUACAUAAUAAUUACUAAUAUACAAAGCUAAGAAAUCUAUAUAGCUUAGGAAGUCUCUGAUACCAAUGCCGAGAACAUAUUGGAAUGAUCGCAUUUGCUGCAGAACUCCAAGUUUGCAGCUUCUCCUAUGAAUUGUUUCCAAACCAGGAAGUGACUCAGCCAAUCAGGUUCUCCUUACAUUCUAUAGCAAAGCAGGCCUUAUCUCCUG